AUGGCGGCAGACAUCGAUGUGCGUUCAAUCGCGGUCUUUGCGUCCGUCUCAGAGUCUACAGUGAACACGAUCCUGUCAGAUCCUACCGCAGCUUUAGUGCACACCUUUCUACAAAGUUUGGAAAAUAGGGCGAAACACUGCGAGCAGGUCAAAUCCCAGAAAACUAAGCUAGAGGUCGAAUUGGAAACCGUUGUGAGGACCAAUGAAUCUAAGACGAAAGUCCUUCAAAACUCUCGGGACAGAGCCAUAGCAGAUGCUAGCAAACUCCGGCAAGACCUACAGACUGCUGAAAGCGUGAGAGCUCAGGCUCAGUCGGAGCUUGAGGGACUACGGCAGUCUAUUGAGUCCGAAUCCUUAGAAACCACUUCUCUUAGAGCCAAAUUUACCUCACUUGAGACGUCUCAUCGCGAUAUUCUGUCCCUGCUUGACUCGAAAUCGAAAGAGAUAGACAGGUUAGCACAAGAUUUGACAGAGGAGCACAACAAGGUGGUUGCUCUUCGUAGAGAAGUUUCGACCCUUGAACAGCAAAAACAAGAAGCUUCCUCUGCUACCACCAGUGCAAAAUUCAGACAAGCCAGUCUAGAACAAGAGCUGGAAUUGCAGAAGAAGAACAUUGACUGGUAUGAGAGUGAACGCAAGAUAAAAAACGAUGAACAUCAAAAGUUCCGCAGGGAAAAGAACGCUAGAGUGUCGGAGCUACAACGUUCGCUUGACCAGCAAACUGAGCAGACCGAUUCUCUUAGACAGUCGGAGAACUCAUUAAAGAGCCAGCUGGAAGAACAAGGACGAAGAAGCGAAGACUUGCUCAAGCAGAUCGAGAAGCUACAGGAAAAGGACAUCACGACGGCUGAGCAGCAUCGCAUAGAGGUGGAUAGCCUGAAUCGUCUGGUUGAUCUGCACAAAUCGGCUGCUGAAACUGCGAGAGCACGUGUAGAAGAGCUCUCCCAAGCUCUUGAAGAAGCCCGUGACGAUGCGGCGGAUGAGAUUGGCAAGAUCAGAGCUGAAAUCCAGGAAGAGCACAACGAACGUCAAGCGGCAGAGCAGCACGUUAGCGAGCUUGAGACUAGGAUCUCUGCCCUCGAGGCCGAACUGCAACAACCUCGAACGCAACCUGGAACUCCACGUUUUGAGACGAACGGACCACUGCCUUCGACCCCAGCACGUCCGGGAACUCCUUCGGUAUCCUUCACGCCUCGCUCAACGCGUCCCAUGAAGAAUGGUAUGACCACAACUCAGCUUUUUGCAGCAUACAACGAGUCGGAAAAGAGACUUGUCCAAGAAAUCAAAGCGAAUGAGCAACUACAAGCUUAUGUAGACUCCAUGCUCGAGGACCUCGAAGCCAGCAGACCUCAAAUCGACGAAUUACGGAACGACCAGGCUAGAUUGCAAAACGAGGUCGUCGAAAUCUCUCAGCUCGCCGAUGAGGCUAAGCAGCAACGCGAUGCUGCUAAGAAAGAGGCGAGCAUGUUACAAGGAAACUUGGACAAGAUAAGUACCGAACUCGAAGAGGCACGACAGAUGUGCCGAGAUCUGGGCUCACAGGUUCGUCGCUUGCUUUUGGAACAACAGGCUGGAGCACUUAGUGACGCCGAGUACAACCGUCUCGUCAAUGACCUCGAGGAAGUCAAUCAACGUGACAUUAAUCACCUAUCCAGUACGCAGCAACAUGUCAAUCAGUACCUGCUUGGCUUCCGUACUAUUGCAGAACUACAAGAGCAAAAUGAGAAGCAGUUGGGCACAAUUCGCGGAUUAGUCUCUCGGCUCGACAGCGAGGAGGCUAGAGAGACGCAAAACAAAUACCAACAACUCGAAAAAGACCUUGAGGCAGCCAACGCAAAAAUCAAUGACUAUCGGGCAGAGAUCCAACACAUGGUCGCUCAACAGAAAUCAUAUGUCAAGGAGCGAGACAUGUUUAAGAACAUGUUGACACGACGCGGUCAAAUCGAUCCUGCCGAUUUCUCGAGGUCGCUACCAGCUGCCGGCCUUUCGACUUCUUUGCUAAGUGAUCGUGCAUCUCCUGCAGUGGAGAGUGACUUGGCUAAGCUCGUGAAAGACCUGCAAAGCCAGUACGACAGCUUCAGACGAGACACACGAACCGACGCAGCUUCGAUGAGAACUCAGAUUACAGAUCUGUCUCAACGCAAUUCACAAUUACAUGCAGAAGCAAGCAGGAAUUUAGGCCAGUUCACGGCGGUCACUCAACGCUACGAAAUGCUUCAAGCUAAUCAUGAAGCGCUGAAACUCGAUCAUCAAAAUCUGCAAAAGAGAGCGAACGCUGCUAGUGAGACUUCGACGAAGCAAGAGUUGAGGAUACAACAGGUUGCUGAGGAAUUAGUCGAGACUAAGGGCAUUCUAGACGGCUUGCGAAGAGAGUCUGCCAAUCUUAAAGCGGAAAAGGACCUUUGGAAGUCGAUCGAGAAACGUCUGAUCGAGGACAAUGAAUCCUUGCGCAAUGAGCGUUCCCGUCUCGAUCAUCUAAAUACCAAUCUGCAAAAUCUGCUGAAUGAGAAGGAACAAUCCGACUCAGAAAGCAGGAGACGAUACCAAGCACAGAACGAUUCUCUCGAGCUUGACCUCCAAUCUGCUCGACGAAGGCUGGAGGAAGAAAUCGAGGAGAAGAAGCAGAUCGCCUUGCGUCGGACUUACGAACACGAACAAAUCCAGAAACGUAAUGAGGAACUUUUGGCAAGUAUGGGCACGAUCCGUGAGGAACUCACUGCAGCAAAGACAAGCAAAGAUCAUUUGCAGGCUCGAGUCGAUGAGCUGACGGUCGAAUUACGGUCUGCAGAGGAGCGCCUAGAGGUACUCGCACGUCCAACAACGAGAACAAUUCCACAGACCAGCGGUACCGAGGAUGACGGACCGUCAACAGAGCAAGAGUUAGCUGUGCAAAUCUCAGAGUUGAAGCGUGAUCUUGACCUGAGAACAGCCGAAUUAGCAAAGACGAACGCAGACAUUGAGCAAUACAAAGAUAUUGCUCAGGAUGCUGAGGACCGACUAGCACAAAUCGAGGAGACCGUUGAUCAGGACAAGCAAGAUGUAGAGAUUUCUCGAACUGAGAGAGACCAGAAGAUCAAAGACUUAGAGCAGAGCAUUACUGACAUCUCUAGUGAGCUACUUACGACGAACUCUGAACUAUCCAAGCUUCAUGAUGAACAGGCAGAGUCUAGUAGACGACUUGAAGAGCAGAGGAACACUUUGCAAGCAGAAAUUGACCGCCUUAAAGAAUCUGAGGAGAAGGCACAAGAGCAGGCGGCUUUGUACCUCGAGGCUUCAAGAGAGCAGCAGAAGAUUGCCGAAGACCGACAACAGAGUUAUGAGGCUGAACUACUCAAGCACACGGAGGCAGUUAAGAGCUCGCAAGAUUCUCGUGCAGAGGCGAACAGAUUGCGGAUUGAACUUGCGGAAGUCAAAUCUGAAGCCCAGAACGCUGUGGCAGAUCUGCAGCAGAAGCAAUCAAGUUGGGCGGAUAUGGAGAGCAGGUAUAAGCAGGAAGUGCUGAACGCGAAGAAUCGUGAUGCAGAAAAAGAUCAACACAACAAAAGUCUUCUUGCUACACUGGAAACUCUUCAAAAACAGACUGUGGCCGCGCAACGAAGCCAAGGCACUACCUUUAACAUCAGAAACACUGAAAACGCCGAGAACCAACCACACGACCUUAGCAGUCUUAUGGAGCAAAUCAGACGCCAAUCAUCAGAUCUCGAAGUCGCCACGACCAACCUGACACUGAGAACACUAGAUGCUGAUCGUUUGACCCGACAGGUCCAGUCUCUACAAUCGCAGCUUGAUGAUGCCAGACUCAAACUUGACCAGGAACAGCGUGCCAGCAUCAAUCUCGAGAAGAGCAAUCUGGAGAGCAGGAAACUGGUUGAGACCAUCAACGAACUCAAUCUCAACCGAGAGGCGAACACUACCCUUCGCAUUGAGAAGAAACAAGCUGAGCAAAUCCUGGGUGAAAAGACUCAAGAGCUUCAGCAGCUCAAGGAAGAGCUCAUUCCUCUGAGAGCACAUAUUGUCGAGCUUGAGCAUGAACUUGAGCUGAAGCAGGGUGAGAUGGACCUUCUGCAAAAGGAUCGCGACAGCUGGCAAUUAAGAACACAAAACAUACUGUCCAAAUACGACCGUGUCGAUCCUGCAGAACUCGAGGAGAUGAAGACGAGAGUUUCUGAACUCGAGGCCGAGCGUGAUCAAGCUGUUGCCACCCAGACAGCUCUUCAAGCUCGGAUCGAUGAGUUCCCGGAAACAGUCGAAGCUGCUAAAGCAGAGCUAAGAACGAGACUUGGCGAGCAGUUUAAAACUCGUGAUCGUGACAUGAAAGAAAAGAGAAACCAGCUGCAAGCUGACCUCAACUCAGCAGUUCAGGAACGUGACGCAGCUGUUACAGAAAGAGAUGAGCUCCAGACCGCUCUUACUGCUGCUCAAAAUGCGGCAAAGGCUGAGCUGCCCGCUUCUUCGCCACAAGAAUUUACACCGCAAGCUAGAGGUCACGAUGUCAGAAUUAAGGAGUUGGAGAAGAUCAUAUCAGACAAAGACGCUCAGAUCGCAGCACUUACAGCGACACAAGCAGAAAACAAGGUCCGCGAGGAGGAUGUUAAGAAAGCUUUCAACGAUCGUUUCAACGCGCUUAAACGAGAGGCUGAAGCUGCAAAAGACACGGCUGUUGAUGAGGAGCGUGCCCGCGUGACUACUGAAUUUCAAAGAAAGAUUGAAGACCUCAAAGCAGAACAGAAGAAAGAGCUGGUAGAUGUUCGCGCUCAGAUACUGCCGCAGACUGGUCAGGUUGACGAGCAUGCUAAGCCGACUCAGGAAUCUAAAGAUGCUGGCCCAGGCAUGACGUUCGAGGAUCUUGCCAACAACUUGACCACUGAACAGGCCCGAGUUCUGGUCAAGCGAGAACCACUCAAGGCGAUGAUUAAGAACACUGUCAAAAAGGAAGCUGAGCUACGAAAAGCAGCGGAAAGUGGAACGGAGUCCAGCGACAAAGUAGAGCCCGCUCUGCCCGAAGAUUUUGAGGAAAAGCUUGCCGAACGCACGGAGGCACUCAUACAUCAGAAACAGGAGGAGUUCAAUCUUGAACGCGAGAACAUAAUCAAGGAGCAGCAGGAAGCUUUCGAACUUCAAAAGCAGGCACUCAACGAGGAGCAUCAGCAGAAACUAGCCGAGGAAGUUGCAAAAGCAAAGACAGCAACUGAGAAGAUGGCUCAAGGCAAAUUGACCCUGAUUCAAAAGCAAUCGGCUAACAACCUAGCCAAAAUCAAUGCGGUCAAGAGGGCAGCUGAAGAGACACCCGAGAAGCCAGUCAAGGAGGUCUGGGAAGUCGCUAAGACUGCAAAGCCACCUGUGGAAGCACCUAAACCCGGCGCAGCACAGCCAUCGAGGCAAACCCCUUCAAAUUCUUCAGCAGGAACCUCAGCACCAUCCACAAGCACAACAACAUCUGCGCCUGCUCCGACCACGGAAGAGACUGUACAACAGCCUAUUUUGGAGCAGGCUGGAUCCACGAACGGAGGUCUCUCGCCACAUAAUGAUACUGAACCCCAAGAUGCCGAAGCAGGUGAUGAGGCUACACAGUUCGGCGAGUCAAAUGCUGCAUCCGCUGUACAGUCACAAGCCCAGGCAGUACGGUCUAAUCUGCCACAGCCACCAUCGCAGCUUCCUCGUGGCAGUUACUCUAAUCGUGGCCAGCGGGGCGGCCCUCAAGCCGCACGUGGCACAGGCAUUCCUCGAGGUGGCGGCAAUUUUGGAAAUAACACUGUCAACGUCAAUUCACGAGGUGGUCGUGGUGGUAGAGGUGCCUACAACUCUGCAAGUCCAGGUCGUGGUGGAUCGUCGUUCAACCCCAACGCGGCACAAUUCACACCAAGCAAGAGGCAGAGAGAAGAUGGGACAGAUGAUGGUAACCUAGGCAAGAGAAUCCGAGGUGGAGGUGCUGGCUCUUAG